UCUCAUUUUUAACACAAAACAAAACCAAAAAAAAAAAAUUCCUUUUUAUUAUGUAUAUGUAGCUUAAUUCAUUAUUAUUAAUUUAAUCAAUUACUGAUUAACAAUAUUUUCAUCUCUUUUAAUUCGAUCGCUUCCUUGUCGGAACUACACCUCUUCGAUUUGAUCGUUGGUUGCCUCCAAAAACACACACACAAGAGAUUGCAAAAAAAUUACAAUGAACGGUGGCGAUGAGGUCACUGCAGCUCCGCCGGCCCCACCACAGCCGUUGGAUUGGAAAUUCUCUCAGGUCUUCGGAGAGAGAACCGCCGGCGAAGAAGUUCAGGAAGUUGACAUUAUUUCAGCUAUUGAAUUUGAUAAAAGUGGUGAUCAUCUUGCUACCGGCGACCGUGGCGGCCGGGUAGUUCUUUUUGAGAGGACAGACACCAAGGAUCAUGGUGGAUCAAGAAGAGAUCUGGAGAGAAUGGAUUAUCCUAUUACUAGGCAUCCUGAGUUUCGUUAUAAAACAGAAUUUCAGAGCCAUGAACCUGAGUUUGACUAUCUCAAGAGUUUGGAAAUAGAAGAAAAAAUCAACAAAAUCAGAUGGUGCCAAACAGCCAACGGCGCCCUUUUUCUCCUAUCUACUAAUGAUAAAACCAUUAAGUUUUGGAAGGUUCAAGAAAAAAAGGUCAAGAAAAUUUCUGAAAUGAAUGUGGACCCUUCAAAAGCUGUAGGAAAUGGUAGUAUUGCUAGUUCAAGUAAUUCAAAUAGUGCUAAACCAUAUCUUGCCAAUGGAGGCUUGCCAGAGAAGUUAUGCAGUUACCCAAGCAAUGACUUCACCGUUCCACCUGGGGGCGUUCCAUCUCUGCAUUUACCUGUGGUAGUAACUUCCGGUGAAACCAGCCUGAUGGCUAGAUGUCGAAGGGUCUAUGCGCACGCACACGAUUAUCACAUCAAUUCAAUCUCAAACAACAGUGAUGGUGAAACUUUUAUUUCUGCUGAUGACCUGCGAAUCAAUCUGUGGAACUUGGAGAUUAGCAAUCAAAGUUUCAAUAUUGUUGAUGUCAAACCUACAAAUAUGGAGGAUCUAACCGAGGUUAUUACGUCUGCAGAAUUCCACCCCAACCAUUGUAAUACAUUAGCAUAUAGCAGUUCAAGAGGCUCAAUCCGACUCAUUGAUUUACGCCAGUCAGCUUUAUGUGAUUCUCAUGCUAAACUGUUUGAGGAACAGGAGGCACCGGGGUCUAGAUCAUUUUUCACAGAGAUAAUUGCUUCAAUCUCAGAUAUUAAAUUUGCCAAGGAUGGACGGCAUAUACUUAGCCGUGACUACAUGACUCUUAAGUUAUGGGACAUCAAUAUGGAUUCAGGUCCGGUUGCAACCUUCCAGGUCCAUGAGUAUUUAAGACCUAAGUUGUGUGAUUUAUAUGAAAACGAUUCAAUCUUUGAUAAAUUCGAGUGCUGCUUGAGCGGUGAUGGAAUGCGAGUGGCAACAGGGUCUUACAGCAAUCUGUUCCGCGUGUUUGGUUGUUCCCCUGGCAGUACCGAGGCAAUUACUUUGGAAGCCAGCAAAAACCCAAUGAGGAGACAAGUGCAGACGCCUUCGAGGCCUUCUAGAUCCCUGAGCAGUAUAACGCGUGUUGUGAGGCGGGGAGCAGAGAGCCCCGGAGUCGAUGCAAAUGGAAAUUCGUAUGAUUUUACGACAAAGUUGCUCCAUCUAGCAUGGCACCCAACGGAAAACUCGAUCGCCUGCGCUGCUGCAAACAGCUUGUAUAUGUACUAUGCAUAAAAAGAAGAUGGUGCCCAAGGAGAAAUGUAUUUGCUUGGUUAACUGUUUUUUUGGGUUGCUGCUGUUGGAGAAGAUUCGAUUCCUUUUCCAUUCCCACCAACGGUAAGGUGGAGGCUACACCGAUUUCAAAUGCCCCUUCAAUCUGUAACACAUGCUAAUACCGUAUCGAGGAUGUGGGUGUCUGUCGCAGAAUCCGCAAGGAAGCAACUUAGUUUUAAUGCUCCUCCUCCUCCUCCCAACCCUAAAAUCCUUAAAAAUCUCCACUUUGUUCUUUUUUUCUUUCUCAUUUAUCUUCUGAAAAUAGAAGAUUGGUGAUCUAUGUUGAUGAAAAUGUGUUGGGUUGAAGUCAGAAGAAAAUGUGAUUGUAGCUCUCCUACAACAAAAACUAAACAAGGAUGUUGAAAAUAUUUGCCACUUAGGUCCUUUUUGUUUUUGUUUUUUUCUAUUUUAAGGUAAAAUUGUAGUUUUUUUAAGCAAAUGUUGGUGGGAAGGAGCUGUUAAAACUUUUGCAGUGCUAUUUUUUUAUUGAUUCUUUGUCUAUGUUUGAAACUCCAUCCAUUUUAGUCCUCAGAUUUAAUGUAGAAUUUUCAUUAA